AUGGCCACCCCAUCCCUCUCAGCUCUUUCCGCCUACCGACAGGUCCUCCGCGCGACUCGCCUCGCCUUCAGAGACGACUUCAACGUCCUUAUCGCCGCCCGCACAGAAGCCCGCAAGCAAUUCGACCAACACAAACGCACAGGCAUCGACACCCCGAUGCAGAUCCAACAUGCCCUCGAAGCAGCCAGUAUCCUGAGACACAAUAUAGUCCAGGGCGCACGCGAUGCCGAGGAUCAAAACGGAAAAUGGGAACUCCGGAUCCAUGACGAGAUUGAACGAGGUGACAACGAUUCGGUCAAGAUUGGGGGAAAGAAUGUCAAGCUUCAUAAGCCUUGCUCAUGA